GAAAACGGUCUGCGCGCGCACCGCACGGUUCUGUGUUAUUGAGGUAAAAUGGCGACGGGGGCCAUUUCCGCGGAGUCCAAGAAAAUAUCAGAAUUAAGAGUUGUUGACCUGAAAUCAGAGCUCAAGCGAAGGAGUCUGGACACAACUGGUGUAAAGAGCGUUCUGCAAACGAGAUUGAGACAGGCUCUUGAGGAUGAAGAUGGAGACACAGAAAAUAUUGAAAUCCAGCUUUCAACUGACACGUCAACUCGGAAAAGUGGGAAAGUUAAAGGGAAAAAAGUGGAUUCAGAUGCGGACACUACAGGGGAAGAAGAUGUGCUUUCCAAGGAAACUGAAGAGUAUGAAUCCGAAAAAGAUAUAACUGAUACAGAUGAUGGUACUCGUGAAAAUUCUAAGCCUGCACCCAGUGAGGACAGCCUCGCUCAGCCUGAGGCUGAGGCCCUGGCUGAGGCUGAACCGGAGUCAGAAGCUGUGGCGGCUGAGGCUGAUUCAGAGCCUGACCCAGAGGUGGAUGCAGAGGCCGACCCAGAGGUGGAUGCAGAGGCCGAGCCAGAGGUCGAUGCAGAGGCCAAGCCAGAGGUGGAUGCGGAGACUGAGCCAGACAUCGAUGCUGAGCUAGAGGUCGAUGCAGACGCCGACCCAGAGGAGGAUGAGGAUGCCGACCCAGAGGUGGAUGAGGACGCCGACCCAGAGCGGGAUGAGGACGCCGACCCAGAGAUGGAUGGGGAGGCUGAGCCAGAGGUGGAGACCGAACUGGAUGAGAUGGAUGAUGAAGCCAUGAAUUCCUCUAAAGAAGCAGAGGACGAUCACCUAUCCGUCUCAAUCCCAAAUGAGGAUGCCAUCACCCUAGAUGUUGAUGGUGAUGAUCUCCUGGAAACAGGUAAACAUGUGAAACUUCCAGAUCCAGAGGCCGAGAAGGGCACUGAUGAGCCAGAGGCCUCUGCUGAGACGGGCCGAGAUGAUGACAUGAAGGCGGAAGAGACCGGGGGCCACAAAGAUGGUAAGAAAGAUGACGGAUCCAGGGGUGAGCCCGCGAAGAAAGACGGCAGAGAGGCCCUGAAGAAAGCCGAAACGGGAGACAAAGAAAAGGAUUCUGGGAAGAAAGGCCCCUCCGCUACUGGGGCAUCAGGUCAAGCAAAGAGCUCUUCAAGAGACAGAGAUGGAAAAGGUGCAAAAGAUGAAAAGGGAGUCGUCAGCAGUAGCAACAGCAGCUCUUCUCGUAACAUAUGGGUGAGCGGCCUGUCUUCAAACACCAAAGCAGCUGAUCUAAAGAACCUGUUUGGCAAAUAUGGGAAGGUUUUGAGCGCCAAGGUGGUUACAAAUGCUCGCAGUCCUGGUGCAAAGUGUUAUGGCUUGGUGACAAUGUCAUCCAGUACAGAGGUGACACGGUGCGUCUCCCACCUUGACUGUACAGAGCUCCACGGACAGCAGAUAUAUGUUGAAAGGGCCAAAAAUGAUCCGUUCAAAAAAGAGGGCUCAAAGAAGGAAGCCGAGGACAAAGCAAGUUCCAGCAAAUCAAGUGAUAAGCGCAGUUCCACUGGAGUUAAACCGACUAACAAAGCACAGCCAUCUUACAAAAAAGAGGAAAAGAAAGUGGAUAAAGUCUCAGAAAAGGACAAAGAUCUAUCCAAGAAACAGGAGGUCAGAGGUGGAAAAUCUGAGUCUGGUUCAUCUAACUCGGGACAAGAUCUUUUGAAGAAAGAUGACAGAAAAUAUGGCCGGCCAAAGAGCCCAGGCAAGAUGAUGAUGGUACAUCAUCCCAGAGCAGAUUCUAAUUUUGGCAAAAUGAGACCUUUCAGAAGGGGAAGGUAUUUUGAUAAACCCUUUGUCAACAUGAAUGUCCAAAGGCGGCCAAAAUGGUUGAUUCCUCCUGAAGAGUUAGAGAUGAUGAGAGACAAACAGCGUCAUUUUCCAAACAAGGGUGAAGACAUCCUGCCUUUUGAGAAGAUGAAGGAACAGAGGAUGCGUGAACGGGUGGCUCGUCUCGAGCGUGUCCGUAGAGCCGUAGAGUUGCGCAGGCGGCGUGAAAUUGCAGAACAAGAACGUCGGGAGCGGGAGCGCAUCCGUCUGUUACGGGAGCGUGAAGAACGAGAGAAUCUGCUUAGGGAGCGCCAGAGACUUGAGAUGGAAAGACAAAAACUGGAAAGGGAGCGCCUGGAGAGGGAGAGGCUCGAGAGAGAAAGAAUCCGUAUUGAGCAGGAACGACGUAAAGAGGCAGAACGCAUGGCACGUGAACGUGAGGAGCUGCGAAGGCAGCAGGAGCAGCUCCGUUAUGAGCAAGAAAAGAGAAAUAACCUCAAAAGGGGCCGUGAAGUGGAACAUGGCCGCAGAGACGAUUCCUAUUGGAAUGGCAACAAGAAGAUGCAGUCGGAAUCUGAUGUCCGUUUGAACCAAGGCUCCAACUACAACCGGCAGCAGAACCGCUUUUCAAACUUCACUCCCAGAGAGAGGGGUCGUUUUCCAGAGGCUGCUGCCGAGCAACCCAACACGUAUGACAGACGUAACCGGUUUGACGGUGAGCCAGAGGUUAAGAAGAGUCGCCCUGCUCCUCACAGAGAGAGCUCUGGCUUUGAGCGCUAUCCCAAGACCUUUGAAACAGUCCGCAGAGCUGAGCCGCCACCUCCUCCACGCACCGAACUCCGGGACACCGACCGCAGGGACAGAGAUGAGAGGCGGCCUGUGCCCAUGCACGAUCGCCCUAUGGGAGCCAGAGCUACAAUGCCUGGCAUGUCGCACAACCGCUCACCCAGGGAUGGAGGGCAUGGAUGGAAGAAUGAUGGUGGCAUAAACACUAACAAGGGAGAUAUACGUAAUGCUGGGUUGAGUAGAGGACCUAUGCGCAUGCGUCCAGAGCGAUCAGGACGAGAAGGUCCAGGCCCUGUACUCAGAGGAGGCUCCUCGGCCAGCCGUGGAAGGAGCAGCUUUAAUGAUCGAGCUGGAGGAAGACCCAUGGUGAUGAAUGAUCAGCCAUUCAGCUCCGGCCGCCAGGUCGUGGUGGAGCGUCACAGCAGGGAUCAGGGACUGAGGAAGGAGUGGCACGGUGCGUCAAGCUCCCAGGGCGGCGGCUACCAAGAUAAUCGCAGAAUGGGAGACAGCCGGGGCAGCAUGAUGGCUCCUUCCAGUCACUCUUCGUCUGGAAUGAACCGAAUUGUACAGAUCACCAACAACUCCAUUCCCAGCGGUGGCAACGUGGGCGGAUUCAAGCCCUUCAAAGGAACGCCGCGGCAGUUCUAACCGCCACCAAAUUCUGCCACUUAAAAAAAGCACCUGAAAAUUUGAAGACUUUUCUGAACUCUUUAUUUUUAGAAUAUCAACUGUUUUAGGUGGCUGAUUUGUAGCCAUGAGGUUGAUCACACUAUUUUAUUUUGUAUAGAGUGUUUACCUCGUUGUAGGGUUUUUCCCGACAGUUCUGCUGUUACCGUUAAACAACCCUGUGCAUACGUUUUACUUGACAUUUAGGAAGAUAUUGUACAGCCCUAGGUCUUUGUAAUAAGUUUUCCAGUGAUGGUACCAACCUCUCCUCUAACUGAGUGUUGUAUGUAUAUUUUCAAUAGCCUAGUGACACACUCAGUUUUCUUGUGUAAUGUCUUAUUUUAGUGUAUUAUAGAGCUCAUUUAGUGUCAGGGAUCAUUCACUCAUUUGGAUGUAUCUCUGAGAAAUGACAUAGGAGUAUUUUCUUUUUGAAAAAGUCAUACUUGCUGUGGACGUCCUGUUUUGUAAAGAGUAGUUGGAUUUGCUAAAACAAUGUUAAACUGUAAACUAGCCUGCAUUGUAGCAAAACACCUCCCAUAGGCCAUGAGUUGAAUUACAUACAGGCCUGUGUCUAAAAUAAAAUCUGGCUUUCACAUCUGUUACUGCAGAGCAUUCAAUGGUGUCAGCGUACCUGAGAGGACCGUAACACAUUGUUUUUGUUGUAUUUUUACGUUUGCUCAUUGUUAUUCCAACAAUUCUGCAAAUUCGAUUACACCAGGCGGUCAAGUAAUGUCUCAUAUUUUGGCAGUUUGGGUUUCUCAGUCACUCCGUAGCUUGAAUUUGAGGAGGAUAUGGUUUUGUGAAUCACAUGAUAUUGUGUCAAUUAACCCUGUGAUACAAGCAGGAAGUACUUUGAUGACAGCUUGCAGAGUUUCAGCACACAGCAUGAAAUCUGCAUGUUGAUUAAAAUAUGACCGGUUAAGUGUCAACCGUGACUAAACAAUGACCUCAAACCUCCAUAAUGCUUUUUCAGUUUUAUUUGUUAAUUUAAUUUAAGAACUGUUCAGAGUUUUUUUGUCUUUUGUAUAGUUGGACCAACACAUCGAGGUCUGCGCUGCAUGUAGUUAGGCUGUAACACACUCUUUACUACACACCUGUCAGAAGUGGUUGAUGAAGCUUGAUUAAAGAAAACUGAUGAGCAGAA